CUCCCUUUCCAAACCUCGGACAGCCCAAACGUGAUCCGACCUGCUGCUCCGACCGUGCUCGAACAGGCUCAGCGGCGGCGGGAGGUAGGAUUUUCCCAACCUUGUUCCGACCCUCCUCUUCCGUAGUCAUACACGGACGCUCGUCGACAGCAAGACAGGGCAGCCGCACACCGGAGCGUUCAGCCGGCGUAUCGCAUGUCCGCGAGCGAGCAGCCGAUCCCGGCAAAGCCGCGCCUCUCGUGGCGGGGCGUGAGCAUGCUCAUGGUGUCUGACAUCGUCGGCACAUCCGUCCUCACCUUCCCUGCCGUCGCCGCCGAGCUCGGGUACGCGCUGACGGUCCUCCUCAUCGUCGGCCUCUUCCCGGUGACCGUGUACGUCAGUGUCCUCAUGGCGCGAACACACGUCCGCGUACGCGGCAUCGACAGCCUCGGGAGCGCUGCGCGGCGCAUCUUUGGGCCGCGGUACGCCGGCGGCACCUUCGUGGUCGUGUACGGCUACACGCUCCUCGGCAACGCCUCCUACCUCCUCGUCCUCGGCACCUCCCUGCAGGGCGUCUUUUACGACGCGCGCCUGUGCCUCGCCGCCGCGUCUGGGCUCGGCGCGCUCCUGCUCGCGCCUCUCGUCGUCGGCCUGCGGCGGCUCGGCGACUCGGUCGCCCUCUGCUUCUUCAACCUGCUGCUCGUGCUGCUCUGCGUCGGGGUCGCGUUUGGCGAGCUCGCCGCGCGAGGACGGCCGCCUUGCGUCGAGACGCACGCGGUGGCGCAGGGCCUCGACUUCACCGCAGUGUUUGGCGGCGCGACCAACCUCGUGUACGCCUACGCGGGGCAGUGGAUGUACUUCGAGAUGAUGACGGAGAUGGAGGCGCCGGCGGACUUCCCAAAGGCCUUCCUCCUCCCCGGGCCCGAUCAUGCGAAUUGGUGUAGCCUCGUGGAGAGCGUGCCCGCCGGCCCGGCCUACCGCGCCGCGCAGGGCCUGCCGCUGCUGCACGUGACCUUCCCUAGACCUCUCCUAGACCUUUCCGGGCACCUUCCGGUAGGCCUGCUGCUGCUGCACGUGACCAUCGUCUACAUGGUCCCCUUCUUCGAGCCGCUGCUGGGGCUCAUCGGCGGGCUGCUCUCCGGCCCGAUCAACUUCCUCCUCCCCGUCGCCCUCUACCUCGGCGCCCUCUGCCGCGACCUCGGCGCGACCGCGAGAGAGAGCGACGAGGCGGCGGAGGCGUCGCUCCUCCGUCUCGCGCGGCUCGGCCGCGCCGCCUCGACCCGGCUGCCACUUGGCGAGCGGAUCGGCCUCGCACUGAUUGUCGCCUUUGUGCUGGGGACGAUGGUGGUCGGGACCUACUCCACCGUCACCUCCCUCGCCGCGCGGUGGAGAGAGCUGGGAGGGCCGUUUGCAUGCCACCCGCUGGUGCUGGUCAACAAUAGCGACCCGUGCGGCGGGUAG